GUGAGACUGAGAGCUUUCGGGAAAAGCGCUGGGAAGCAAUUUAGAAGGACCGGACCCUUCACAAUCUAAUUAUCUACUUUAGGUAACUUUUUCUACAUAAACACAGACCAUUGAUGGACAGGUCCAUUCAGUUUUCUUUUGAACUAUGAAAAAAGAUUAUGAAAUGAUUAAAUUUUCAAAAUGAUCAAUUUAUUUCAAUAUUAAUAGUAGCCUAGGCUAUACAAUGUUAAACAAGUUUAAGAUUUUCUGUUAAUUAUGGUACAGGCAACAUUAUGCUACUGCAAUGAAAUAACAUUAUUCAUAGCCCUACAGAAAAUAUUAUAGGAUAUUAAAUGUAAAUCUCUUCUGAUAUGUUGAUAUGUUGCUUUGGAAUUUAGCCUAAAUUCAAUUUGUAGCUACGUAUUUUAGGGGCAGAAUUUGACAUUAGCCUAUAUAGUUUAGCCUGUUAUUGAUGUUGGAAUAAACGUGUAAUAACGGUUUCCUACCGUUUAUAACGGUAAUUAAAUGUAAUUGCAUCAUGUUCCUCAGGUGUAAAAGUCUGGAUGGAAAGAGAUGCCUCGCGGUGACUUCAACGUUUAUUUUGCAAGCAGAGGACCGCAUGUCAGGGCCGAAGAGUUAGUGGAUUAUAUUGACUCUAAAAGAAACAAACAUUUCUUGAAUUUAUGUUUUCUGAUCAUUUAUAUUAUUUGUAGAAUUAAACUGGUAGUCAGAAAAGUUCAUUCGAAUUGUUAUGCUGUAUUAUAUCUUAAAAUUGAUCCAUUGGUGAAGAAAGUAUUAUUCAUUAUAUUUUUAUUUUUUUGGUGCGCCACAGGGCAGCUGGCAUAGCUCUGUUGGUCGUAAUUCUCGCAGCCCUACUCAUCCUUGGAUGCUGGUAUUUCAAGAGGAGAAGCGGGUACAAAAUGAUCAGGGUAAGAAAGCAAUAGGUGAAUGCCUCUUGGGAUAUACAGUAUAUGUAUCUUUCACCUGUCCAGUUCUUUUCACAGAUCUAAAGGAGAUGGGCCAGUAUAUAAAAAUUAAAUAAUGUAUGCACUCACUAACUGUAAAUCGCUCUGGAUAAGAGCGUCUGCUAAAUCACGUAAAUGUAAUGUAAAUGAAUUGUGGCAAUAGGUAAUUGGUUGCUGUCCAACAGGGUUUAUACCUUCUGUUCCCCUUACUAAUGUUCCUGUUUUCUCCUGUUUUCUCCCCACAGAGCCCAAGAUCAGGGUCCCAGCCAGGAUUCAGUGGACAGUUCAGCGAGGGAAGGGCUGCAGCAGAAAACAAGAUGGGCCUCAGUGAGCUUCGACCUGUGGUAAGAGACUCAGACUGGAUGUACUGGGGGAGUCAAUGGUCAGAACUUUUUUAAAAAAUAAUAUUUGAUGUUUUAUUGAAUGGAGUUGUCCUCUAUUUCUGUGUUUACACAGGCAGGCCAAUUCAGAUCUUUUUCCACAAAUUGGUCAUUUGACCAAUCAGAUCAGCUCUUUUGCCCAUAAUUGGGCAAAAUAUCAGAAUUGGUCUUCCUGUGUAAACACAGCUGUAGGUUUAAAUCUGUAUACAAAGACAGAGAAGUGAGGAGUGAAGAGAGAGUUUCUGUUUAUGCAUAGUGGUGGAACCAGGAUUUGAUCUCAUGAUGCAGACAUGGGCAGUUAUGCGCUGGAAGGCAAUAGCGUGACCAAACCCAGGCCAUGAUCAUUCUCUUGUCAUAGCAUACUGCAUUCAUUCGACUAUACACAACAUCACAACCACCAAGGAAGGACCUAUAGUUCAACUCUCCAUUAGUUUUCCUGGAAUUAAAGGGUACUUUGUGGAAGAAGGGGCAUGUGAGCCGCCUGGUGCCAUAUGGCUGCUGGUGGUGCAGUCAGAGAUUAGGUCUCCAGACGUCAGGAGGGGAUUAUGAUCUGGAAUUCAUAGGGCCCCAAGGGGUGUGAGUAGGGAGGGGGGGGGCGCGAUGCAUAAUUUUACUUGGAAAGGUCAUAUUUCAACAUGAGGGCUUUUCACACUGAGCUGACCUAUGCAUCCAUCAUCGUUGCAGCAAUCAUUAAAGGACGAUGUGAAAAGAAAAUAUCCAAGCCAGCACAGUUUGGUUCGUGUCGGUACAAUCCUGUGAAAAGGGAAAUAGUAUUUGAAUUAUCAGAGGGGUUUAUCCUAGUUGUUUCCUAAAUGGUGUGUGUAUUUGUCUUGAUGUGUUUCAGCUUCCCAAUGCCCCUCCUGCCUAUGAGAAGAUCUCAUCAGGACCCCUGCCUCCUCCCUACUCGCCAUAAUACAACAGUCCUCUGUGGGAUAACCAAAAAUAUGAAACUUCAUGUGUUAUUUCAUUAAACACAUUAUCAAACUCGUGAAGAACAAAUAUUUUGCACUCUAUUCUCUAUCACAAGUUGUUUAUAGAAGUAUUCUUCAAGCUGUAGUUUCAUAUGUUAAUGUUCUGACCUUUUAGCUCCACAAGCGUAUUUCUGAAGGCUGCUCAAAGAACAAGAUUUUCUUUCAAUCCCUGAAAGUAAAGUAUAUCUAAUUUAACAAUAUUGUACUUUGGAAACAGUUUGUUAAUUUCAGUGAUAACCAAGCCUCUGCCGAGUCCCCAACAAUGGAAAGCGAGACUGUGAUGCAACUUCCACUUUUGGAUGUUAACAAGGCGACACUCCAUCU